AUGAAAUUGAUUCGGAGGAAAAACCUGUUCAUGCCAUCAUCAUCAUCAUCAUCAUCAUCAUCAUCAUCAUCAUCAUCAUCAUCAUCAUCAUCAUCAUCAUCAUCAUCAUCAUCAUCAUCAUCAUCAUCAUCAUCAUCAUCAUCAUCAUCAUCAUCAUCAUCAUCAUCAUCAUCAUCAUCAUCAUCAUCAUCAUCAUCAUCAUCAUCAUCAUCAUCAUCAUCAUCAUCAUCAUCAUCAUCAUCAUCAUCAUCACCAUCAUCAUCAAGGAAUCAUAUUUAUUUUUUCAAAUAG